UUGUGGCCCCGCCCCGGCGCUCCGUCAUCUUUCCGGUGCGGACGGCAGCCAUGGGGACACCACAGAAGGACGUUGUGAUAAAGCCGGAUGCCCCAAGCACACUCUUACUGGAGAAGCACGCGGACUACAUAGCUGCCUACGGAACCAAGAAGGACGAUUACGAGUACUGUAUGUCGGAGUAUUUGAGGAUGAGCGGUGUCUACUGGGGGCUGACAGCCAUGGAUCUCAUGGGAGAGCUGCAUCGAAUGAACAAAGAAGAAAUUCUGGAGUUCAUCAAAUCAUGUCAACAUGAAUGUGGUGGAAUAGGUGCCAGCAUAGGGCAUGAUCCUCAUCUUCUGUAUACGCUCAGUGCUGUUCAGAUUCUUACCUUGUAURAUAGUCUCCAUGUUGUUGAUGUCAAUAAAAUUGUUGAAUACAUACAGAGCUUGCAAAAUGAAGAUGGAUCAUUUGCUGGAGACAAAUGGGGAGAAAUAGAUACAAGGUUUUCCUUCUGUGCUGCAGCAACUCUUGCACUUCUGGGAAAACUGGAUGCUGUUGAUGUGGGAAAAGCAGUAGAAUUUGUUUUGUCCUGUAUGAACUUUGAUGGAGGAUUUGGUUGUAGGCCGGGUUCUGAAUCACAUGCAGGACAGAUCUAUUGUUGCACAGGAUUUCUGGCUAUAACAGACCAGUUACAUCAAAUAAAUGUUGACUUGCUGGGCUGGUGGCUUUGUGAACGACAGUUACCUUCUGGAGGCCUCAAUGGACGACCUGAGAAGUUACCAGAUGUAUGUUAUUCGUGGUGGGUCCUGGCAUCUCUGAAAAUGAUCGGUAGAUUACACUGGAUCGACAGAGAGAAAUUGCGCUGCUUUAUUUUGGCUUGCCAGGAUGAGGAGACUGGAGGAUUUGCUGAUAGACCAGGAGAUAUGGUGGAUCCAUUCCACACCUUAUUUGGAAUUGCUGGACUCUCUUUAUUAGGGGAAGAACAAAUUAAAGCCGUCAAUCCUGUCUUCUGUAUGCCAGAAGAUGUCCUUCAAAGAAUAAAUGUACAGCCUGAGCUUGUGAGCUAAGUCUUGUAGAGACACAAGAUUGAUAUGCUUGGUCACUUCGGUUUCAGCCAUUGGACAUCACCUCUGAAACUGUUAGCAUAUUUUUCUUUUGGAUAUGUUUACAUUUCUAUGGUAAAGCGACUGCUUUACUGUGGGCUUUGUCACUUUGUAAAUUGUGACAGAACAGGCUUGUUCUGGUAAUCUCAGUGUGACGUUCUUAGGUUUUAUAUAAAAGAUGUAGAAUCCUUUUCAGUAUCUAAAUGUAUGGACCUCUGGAAUUUUUUGAGUAUUCAACUAAGUCGCAGUGAUAGUAUGAAUGUCUUAAUUUCUGUGUUCCUGUGAUAUUAACCAUGGUAGCAUCUGUCUAUAAGCAUCUCUUGAUGAUGGAUCACACAAAGCACUUUAAAAGAAUAUGAAAAAAUCCUGCUUAAGCCACUGCAUUUAAUGUCACAUGGCUGUGUAUUCUGUGUAUUUAAUUCUUUCUGUUUGUGUUUGCCAUCACUUUUAUAGGAUGCAAGCUUUUUCUUCUAGUAACUGAUAACGGUCAAAACAAUUUGUGGUUUCAAUUAAGUAUACAAAUUAUUAUUUAUUGAUAAAGUAUCACUGAUACCUGAAUUAGAACGUACCUUGAAUAUAUAUAUAUAUAUUGAAACUUGUUAACACUAUGCAUUCUAGAGAUCUUUCUCUAUGGAACAGUGAUUUAUUGCUGAAUACAAUGUUGAUUUUCAGUUUGUUGCUGGGUUGAAAACUUACUCCUGUAGCUUCUAAGAGACGAAUUGCCAACAUUUCAUUAUUAUAUAAUUUGAGAAUAAAACUAGUAAUGGAAAAAUCUUAUCUUCUGGAGGAUUAAGUCCUCUUUCUCUUCAUUAGAGCUCUAAAAGUGCCUCUGAUUUUAUAUUCCACUCAUUUUAGACAGAAGGCUAAAAUGUAUUCCAGUUGAAAUACACAGUCAAAACGAAUGAUAGAGAUAUCUGAUAAUCUUGGUAUUUAUACUUAAAGAAGGUCUGUAGUGGUUUCAAAAACAGUUUUAAAAGCAGACUGGUCAUUUUUUACUCAACUGAUUCAUGCUACUAGAAGAGAGGAUAGAACUGGGCAAUGUAACUUUUCGGUGGACUUACAGCAAGUUUCAAAGAGAGUGCAUAUUUAAAUGCUUAAACAUCCUCCCCCUUUUUAAAACAACAAAAACAGAAAAGGCAACCCUUAAUUUCUCUGAAGACUU